AUGGCUCUUGUUUAUGCGAUGCCAAUCGUUGGUGGCUUGAUGGCAGACCGAGUUAUUGGGAACCGUCGAGCUGUUUUCUUAGGAGGUAUUUUGAUGGCAAUUGGCCACUUUGCUCUGGCAAUUCCUUCUUUGGAAGCUUUUUAUAUAGGACUUGGUUUUAUUAUUUCUGGAAAUGGCUUUUUUAAGGCGAACAUUUCAACAUUGUUAGGGGAAUAUUACCGCCAUAAAGAUCCUCGCCGAGAUGCAGGAUUUACGAUUUUCUAUAUGGGAGUCAAUAUUGGAGCAUUUUUAUCACCUUUAAUGUGCGGGUAUUUGGGAGAAGUUUAUGGUUGGCACUAUGGUUUUGGUCUGGCGGGUAUUGGUAUGUUGGUCGGACUUGUCAUUUUUUGGCGAGAGCAAGGCAAACUAGGUGAUAAAGGUAAGGCACCUGAUGAACAAAAACUAAAAGAGAAAUGGUCUGGCAUAACUCUUGAGAAUUUAGCCUAUAUUUCUUCAUUCAUAGUAGUGCCUAUUUUGGUGGUAGGUGUUUAUCAUUAUUCUGCAAUGGAAUAUUUUAUGCCUGUUGCGGGUGUUGGGACAAUUGUUUGGUUGUUGUCUUCUGCUUUGCGUUUAGGGGCACAAGAGCGAAAAAAUGUUGUUGCUUUUUUGGUGAUGAGUUUAUUUUUCAUGACCUUCUUUGCCUUUUUUGAACAGGCAGGAACGUCUAUAAACUUGUUUACAGAACGAAACGUUGACCGAAUGGUGAUGCUGCCAUUUACAAUUGAUUUCGAAGCAGGUGUUUUUGCCUGGACACCUUCUGUUUUUGAAGUGCCAACAAGUUGGUUUCAAUCUUUAAACCCUUUCUUUAUUGUAGCUCUUGGGCCUCUUAUUUCUUGGAUUUGGAAAAAUAUGGGAAAGCGAGGGCUUGAUCCCCAAACGCCUGUAAAAUUCUUUUUAGGACUUUUUCAGCUAGGUUUUGGAUUUUUAAUUCUGGCUUGGAGUGCUGGUUUUGCCAAUAGUAUGGCUUUAACAUCUCUAUUGUGGAUUACUUUAUCUUACCUUCUUCAAACAACAGGGGAGCUUUGUUUGUCUCCUAUUGGUUUGUCUAUGACAACAAAGUUAGCUCCAAAACACAUGAAAUCUGCUCUGAUGGGGGCUUUAAUGUUUAGCAUUUCUUUUGCGCACCAUAUUGCCGCUUUGAUUGCUCAACUAAUGUCUAUUCCAGAUAGUGGAGAUGGUCAGAUUGAUGCUGCUGUAAGCCUACCAAUCUAUACAAAUAUUUUUGAACAAAUUGGUUAUGUUGCUCUGGGUGUUUCUGCUUUAGCAUUGUUGUCUGCACCUUGCUUUAAGAGUGUUUUUUCUAAAAUCGAAGGACGAGAAGCCUAA